GAGCCACUGUUCCCUGAGGACGUAGUCAUCCUCUUCAGCCAGGAAGAGUGGGCUUUGCUCAGCAUUGCUCAGAAGAAUCUCUACAUACAUGUGAUGAUGGAAACAGUGAAAAGUCUGGGCUUCUUAGACUUCACUCCACAUCUGAGAAUUCACCCAAGAGAGAGACCUCAUGAAUGUAACGAAUGUGGCAAAACUUUUUCACGACCCACUUCCCUCACUGAACAUAUGCGAAUUCACACAGGAGAGAGACCUUUUGAAUGUAAGGAAUGUGGGAAAACCUUUUCCUAUUCACGUUCCUUUAGGAAACAUACUAGAAUUCACACGGGAGAGAGCCUUUAUGAAUGUCAGGAGUGUGGGAAAACAUUUUUUGGAUCAAGUCACCUCACUGUGCAUAGAAGAAUUCAUACAGGAGAGAAACCUUAUGAAUGUAAGGAAUGUGGGAAAACAUUUUCUCAAUCAAGUAAACUCAUUUCUCAUAAAAGAAUUCAUACAGGAGAGAAACCUUACAAAUGUAAGGAAUGUGGGAAAAAAUUUUCACUCUCACAUUACCUCACGGAACAUCUUAGAAUUCACACAGGAGAGAAACCUUAUGAAUGUAAGGAAUGUGGGAAAAGGUUUUCCCACUCAAAUAGCCUCAUUCUACAUAGAAGAAUUCAUACAGGAGAGAAACCUUAUGAAUGUAAGGAAUGUGGGAAAACAUUUUCUCAAUCAAGUGGACUCAUUUCUCAUGGAAGAGUUCACACAGGAGAGAAACCUUAUGAAUGUAAGGAAUGUGGGAAAACAUAUUCUCGCUCAUAUAGCCUCAUUCAACAUAAAAGAAGUCACACAGGAGAGAAACCUUAUGAAUGUAAUGAAUGUGGUAAAAGGUUUUCCCAGUCAACUAGUCUCACUCGACAUCGAAGAAGUCAUACAGGAGAGAGACCUUAUGAAUGUAAGGAAUGUGGGAAAACAUUUUCUCAGUCAAGUGUAGUCAUUUCUCAUAGAAGAAUUCAUACAGGAGAGAAACCUUAUGAAUGUAAGGAAUGUGGGAAAACAUUUUCUCGCUCAAAUAGCCUCAUUCAACAUAGAAGAAUUCACACAGGAGAGAAACCUUAUGAAUGUAAGGAAUGUGGGAAAACAUUUUCUCGCUCAAAUAGCCUCAUUCAACAUAGAAGAAUUCACACAGGAGAGAAACCUUAUGAAUGUAAGGAAUGUGGAAAAACAUUUUUACAAUCAGGUGACCUCACUAAACAUAGUAGAAUUCACACAGGAGACAGACCAUUUGAAUGUCAAGAAUGUAGGACAACGUUUAGGCACUCAUGUCAACUCAGUAAGCAUCGAAGAAUCCACCCACUGAAGAUGUGUUAA